AAAUGGCGGACGAAGAUCAACAACAACCGAAAGAGAAAAGUAAAAAGAACAAAUUUAGACGCGAUAAACCUUGGGACCAUGAAGGCAUCGACCACUGGAAAAUAGAUGCGUUCAGUGCAGAACAUAACCCACAUGGCUUGGUUGAAGAGAGUUCKUUUGCUACUUUGUUUCCUAAAUAUAGAGAGAAAUACUUAAAAGAAGUUUGGCCACUUGUUGAGAAAGAACUGAAAGAACAUAAUCUCAAAUGCCAACUGGAUUUAGUAGAGGGCAGCAUGACCGUCUCAACAACAAGGAAAACAUUUGAUCCUUAUGUUAUAAUAAAAGCCAGAGAUAUGAUAAAAUUACUGGCGAGAAGUGUACCUUUUGAGCAGGCACAGAGAGUGCUCCAAGAUGAAAUGGCRUGUGAUAUCAUAAAGAUUGGCUCACUUGUCAGAAAUAAAGAAAGAUUUGUUAAAAGAAGGCAAAGGUUAUUAGGACCAAAUGGAGCAACACUAAAGGCCUUAGAACUUCUUACACAAUGUUAUAUUAUGGUACAAGGCAAUACGGUAUCUGCGCUGGGUCCAUAUAAAGGUCUUAAACAGGUUCGUAAAGUUGUAGAGGAUACGAUGAAAAAUGUCCAUCCAAUCUAUAAUAUUAAGACAUUGAUGGUAAAGCGAGAACUAGCCAAAGAUCCAAAUUUAAAAAAUGAAUCUUGGGACCGAUUUCUUCCCAAAUUCAACUCGAAAUCAGUGAAGAAGAAGAAAAAAGCCAUCAAAAAGAAAACCUACACACCCUUCCCCCCACAGCAGCAAGAAAGCAAGAUUGACAAACAGUUGGCGAGUGGUGAAUUCUUUCUCAAAGAUCACGAGCGAAAACUCAAGAAGCAAGAAGAGAGAAAGGCAAAGCAAGCRGAAGCCACAUCAAAGCGAAUAGCAGCUCGCGAGCAAGCAUUUGUUCCUCCAGUCGAAGAUACACCGAAAAAAAGCAAGCCAAAGACAAGCGAAAGUGAUAAGAUCGAUCUUGAUGCCUUCAAAAAGAAAGUAAAAUCUGCUCAGAAACGAAAGAGAAUACACACAAUGACAGACAAGCAGCCGAAGAAACGAAAAGAGAAAAGAUAGCAAACUGUUAUGCAGCACAACAAAUCAUCUCAUUUAUUGAAUUAUAUUUCGAUGUAGUUUUGCAUUGAAUAAAUCCUUAAUUAUUGGUAWUUCACCGAAAAAUUCUCG